AUGCAUACUCAGGAUCCAAAUUCAAAAGUUCUUCCAUUCUACAUCAUUGAAGAAGAUGUCAAUGAUUUGUGCAUUCACUGUUCUUAUGAUUUGUGUAAACUCGAGUUGGCUCCCCCUCCCAUUGAUGGGGAAUGGCUACCAAAAAGUGCAGUCUAUGCAUUAGUAGAUCUUAUGGUGGUUGUUUUUAGCCUCCCAAAGGGACUUUUUAAGGAGUGUAGAAAGAGAGUUCAAUCUGGAAUGCAAAUUAUCCAAGAGGAACUGGUGCAACUUGGGAUUACUGAUGGCAUUAAAGGCAACGACAUCGCGACAACGGGGCGACACGAGUACCCGGCUCACGCACAGAAACCACCUCCACUGGCCGUACGGCUCCAGCCAUACCUCGUCCACCACUCACGGUCAGCACUAACCCCAAGGUGCAACCAAGCUAAGAACCUCUCUGGUGACCGUCAGCACAACACAAAACGAAGCGGCACCACACAAAAGACCCUGACUGAGGGUCCCAAAAAAACCAACAAUGGAGCCAAACGCCACCCACCAAAACAGUCGACAAACCACGAGCGAACCACAGACAAAACGGAAAGAACAGAGGGAGAAGGAAAAGGAAGGGGGGAGCCGAAGCUCCCAUCCCCGACGAGCACACAGGAAUUUGGGGCAGUAUGA